GGAGGGAUUUCGAGAAAUUUUCUGAAUGCUGGAUUUCAACUGGGUGUAUGUUUGUGACUUUUUGAAGUAAUCCAUUGAGAGAGUGGGGAAAGAAUUGAUUUCCCCGGAAAAUUACUGAGAAAAGCGAGAAAAGAGGUAGCUUUCACGUGAUUUUCUUGUUUGACAAAGGAGGAAACGGCCUAAAGAGAGCAAGAAAGUUGCAGAAAGAUUUGCAUGUAAGGUGUUGUUGUGGGGAACUGACAAAAAAGGCCAUAAAGUUUGAUUUUCUUGGGAAAGUGAAGGGGAGAAAGAAUGGCUGGAAACGAGUGGAUAAAUGGGUACCUGGAGGCGAUUUUGGAUACUGGGGCGACGACCAUAGAGGAGCAUAAGCCGUCACAGGUGAAUAAAAGAGGAGGGCAUUUCAAUCCGACCAAGUAUUUUGUGGAGGAGGUGGUGACGGGGGUCGAUGAGUCUGAUCUGUACCGGACAUGGAUCAAGGUGGUCGCCACCCGCAACAACCCGCAAGCGCAGCUCCAGGCUCGAGAACAUGUGCUGGCGCAUUUGGCAUCUCACCCGCAAAAAGAAGCAGCUGGAAUCUGAAGAAAACCAAAGAUUGGCAAAGAGGAGACGGGAACGGGAACAAGGACUCAGGGACGUCACAGAGGAUAUGUCCGAGGACUCGUCGGAAGGAGAGAAGGGAGAUAUUACAGGGGAAAUGGUGCCAUGUGAAACACCAAGGCAAAGGUCGCAGAGAAAUUUUUCCAUCUUGGAAGUAUGGUCAGAUGACAAAAAGGACAAGAAACUUUAUAUUGUCCUCAUCAGUUUGCAUGGGCUGGUGCGGGGUGAAAACAUGGAGCUUGGUAGAGAUUCUGACAGAGGUGGACAGUCAAAUAUGAGGUAUGGUGAACCUACAGAAAUGCUAACUGCAGGUGCUGAAGAUGCAGAUGGUAGUGAUGUUGGAGAAGGCAGUGGGGCUUACAUUAUCAGGAUUCCUUUGGUCCAUGUGCAUGGUAAGUAUCUUCAUAAAGUGUUAUUAUGGCCCUAUAUUCAGGAAUUUGUAGAUGGAGCUUUAGCACGUAUUCUUAACAUGUCUAAAGUUUUGGGUGAACAAAUUGGUGGGGGCCAGCCCAUAUGGCCAUAUGUGAUUCAUGGCCAUUAUGCUGAUGCUGGGGACACUGCUUCUCUGCUCUCUGGAGCUUUGAAUGUCCCAAUGGUUCUAACUGGACACUCACUUGGGAGAAACAAGCUUGAGCAACUCCUUAAGCAGUGACAGCAAUCAAAGGAGGUCAUCAACUUAACAUACAAAAUUAUGAGAAGGAUUGAAGGAAAGGAAAUUUCCUUGGAUGCUGCAGAACUUGUUAUCACAAGUACUAAUGAGUUUAAUUUAAAAUAUUUAAUAUAAAAAUUUAAUAUUU